AUGUUGUCGUCGCUGGUUUCGCCAUCAUGGUUUGCCGUCACCGGCGCGCUACUGAUUGGUCUGACGCAUGCUCAAUAUUACAAGGUCGACUCAGAAGCCGCCAUCAAAGAAUCAGCUAGAACGCUAGCCUACGAUUUAAUGCUGUUGUACAAGGGAAACCAGUCGGGAGAAAUUCCUGGUAUUCUCCCCGGCCCUCCUGCUGACGGAAAGGGUCCGUACUACUGGUGGGAAGGCGGUGCCAUGAUGGGCACUUACAUAGACUAUUGGAAGUUGACUGGCGACUCGAGCUACAACAAGGUCGUCAUGCAGGGCUUGUUGCACCAGGUCGGCGAGAACCAGAACUACAUGCCCAAAAACCACACAAUGUCCCUAGGGAACGACGAUCAAGGCUUUUGGGGUCUGUCUGCCAUGCUGGCUGCCGAAAACAAAUUCCCCGAUCCCCCGGCCGAUAAGCCUCAGUGGUUAGCCCUUGCGCAGGCUGUUUGGAACACCCAAGCUGACCCUAGUCGAUAUGACGAGACAUGCAACGGAGGGCUGAGAUGGCAGAUCCCCUUCUCAAAUCAGGGCUACGGAUACAAGAACACAAUUUCCAACGGGAUAUUCUUCAACAUGGGUGCUCGUCUUGCCCGCUACACCAGAAAUGACACGUAUGCAAAACGAGCAGAAAAGGCCUGGGACUGGAUGUUGGGCGUGGGAUAUAUAGACACCAAAUCCUGGAGCGCCUACGACGGUGCCCACGUUGCGCAGAACUGCACCGAUAUCAACAAGGCCACCUUUUCCUAUAACGCCGCUGUUUUGACCCAAGGAGCCGCCUUCAUGUACAACUAUACGGAUGGAGCCCAGAAAUGGAAAACGGCUUUGGACGGACUCCUCGACUCUGUACUAAAGACGUUUUUCCCAAACAGCAUUGCUUACGAGGUGGCCUGCGAGGGAAACAAGGGAAGUGGAACAUGCACUCCUGACAUGUUAUCCUUCAAGGGAUAUGUUCACCGCUGGCUGGCAAUGACAACACAGAUCGCCCCAUAUACCAAAGACAAAAUUCUACCUGUCCUCCGCAAAUCUGCCGAAGCAGCCAUCAAGCAGUGCACAGGCGGUCCGACUCAGCGCCAGUGCGGUUUUUACUGGAAUUUGGGCCGCUUCGUCGAUCCCAGUGUCGACAAAACGACGGGAGCCGGAGAGCAAAUGAACGUGCUGGCUGCUGUGUCGAGCCUGCUCAUUGAAGGGGCUGAACAGCCAGUGACGAAAGACACGGGCGGCACGUCCGUUGGAAACCCCAACGCCGGCGGCAGAGAUAACGGGGAACGGCCCGAGAAAUCUGUUACAGGAGCUGACAGGGCAGGCGCUGGUUUCUUAACAUUUUUGCUAUUGGGUGGUGCCGUGGGCACGUUUGUUUGGAUGAGCGCCUUCGACUAA